UCAAUCUAUUAACUAUAUUAUAUCAUCCUCUCAAAGAAAGGGUUGACUUUAAAAAAGACUAAUAUAAAAGAUUGCAAAACUAAACAUUGGCAAAUCAUCAAAACUUUGAAACAAAAACUAGCAUCUUCAAGACCAAACUCCUCAUCCAAAGAAAAUGAAGCAGAAGACAAAAGCACUUGUGAUUGGAUUAAUAGGUGCAGCUUUUACUUUACUUGCAUACUCACAAACCUUCAUAUCACCAAGUACAAGCAUCACAAUUGGACUUCUUGUUCUCAUGUUGGGGUUCCUAGUAGGAGAAGGUUUCAUAUCUCUUUAAUUCAUCCUUCAUCUAUAUCAUGAAUUUAUUUUACAUGUUUGUGUGUAAUUAGUCUUUAAUGGGAUAUUUUUAAUUUUUGUAAUUCUUAUUUAUUUUUCUUUCAUAUUUUGAGUCUGUUUAAAUAUUGGUGUAUGAAGGAUUGAAGGAAAAAAUUAUUUAUAUUUUGAGGUUAUGUAUUUUGAUUCA